AUGUCUAAUAAUAACAAUCUGGGUCUAUAUUUGAUCGCAUCUCCUGUCGUCUUGGUCGUAUCAUGUCUUGUAAUGGUUCUGCCAGUCAAUGCCAUCAUGCAAUGGAAACACAUGUUACAUGAUGAGGUGGAUUUCUCAAUCAACAUGUCCAACAUGGCAUCCUACAUGCAGAUGAUCCCAUCUUCUUGGUUGUUCAUUAUCGCUUCUCUCUGCACAUACAAAGCUGCAAUCAAAUACCAACUAACUUUUAAAAAGUUAUAUUACAACAUACAUCAGGCUUAUUCAGGCCUAGAAUUUAAUUUCACCGGCGCCACUAAUAAUAAAAUGCCUGGUAGCUUUGCAUCAUUAGCACAACCUGCUACGGCAGCCACUGCCAUUACCACCACCAUCACCAGCACCACCAGCACUAGAAAGCAGCAUCACAAAAAAACAUCCCGUUCAUGUCAUCAUCAAAAACCUAGAAAACGUACUUUGGAAGCCAAGCCUGUUUCCACCACUGUGCCACAGAUCACUCGCACAAAAAUCAAGGCCCUGGAUCGUACUCCAGAGGCAUCAGCCUGCGAGUCUGAGUGGGUUGUUUAUGAAAGCAAGAAAGCCAAGAGAUCCUCUCUGCCUACCUUGUCUAAAACUGCCACUCUUCCUGCAUCACCUAAACAGCGCCGCUAUUCUUUGGAGGCUCCUCUUAGUGCUGCCAACGAUUCUUGUGCUACUGAUACCUGCGACCAAGACCAGAUAAAUGCUACUAAUUUGGAAAAAAGAAAGAGAUUGCAAAUUAAAUCUUUGUUGCCACUUCGUCGACCACUAGACUGCCAUGAAGAGGAAGACACCUGUGAUAUACCUCAUCUUAGCGAUAAUGAUACUGAUAGUCAAGCAUCUGUCGAGUCCCCUCGUUUGCGUUCAAGGGAUCUACCUUGCGUUCAGCAACAACCAAGCUAUUAUUCACCUUUUUCCACUGGCUUUGAUUUCGGUGUACCAUCAAUCCUUCUUGAAAGCAAGGAUGAAACAAAAUUCUAUCCUGGUCGUCUGAAUGAAUACCUGGCACCUCAAGCACCACAUAGCAGGAUCCCUUCUGUGGAAAACAUUUCCAGUUAUACCCCUCCUGCUAUCAACAGCAAAGCCUACAACCUUUUAAAACUGCUGAAUCCAUCAAAUGAUCAGAUUGAAACCACAAUUACGCCAGCAGCAUUCAAAUAUUUUGAUGAAAUGUUGAUCUCCAAUUCACUGUGUAAAUACCAAAAGGAAGAUGAGGUAUUUCUCAAGAAUAAAAGACAAUGGAACAGUUUUGCCCGUUAA